CCCAUCACUUCAACUUUCUCUUUUUUUGCAGCAUUUUUUCCCCCCCUCUCUCACUCCCUCCACAGUCUCUCAUCGUCUCAUCCCUCCUUUCCUCCGACUCCUUUUGGAAUGAGCUGUUUUCCUGCCUGCGUCGGUUCCAUGUCAGCAUGGGAACUGCCGUGUCCAAGAGGAAGAAUUUGAGAAACGAUGCGAUAUCUUCCGUGGCAGCAAAAGUUAGAGCAGCACGAGCAUUUGGAGAGAACCUGUCCCACACACACUCUGAAAACCGAAACGGAUCAGCUCAUCUUCUGUGUGAAACCUUGGUGGGUCCUGACCCAGAGUCACAGAGUGACACGAGUGGCCCCAACAACAACAACCACCUCCACCCCUGCGCCAACACCGCAAAGGGCUGUGAGGACAACCCUGAGUCCAGCCUCGUGAAGCAGCCACUAGGCCUGUUCCAGCCACCUCCUCCCUCCAUCACCAUUUCUAACAACCCAGCAAGGCUGUCCCUUGAGCGCAGCUUCUCGGCCGAGGAAGACCAGCUGAAGUGUGUAGAGUGCACCCUGCAGCCUGCCCGCGUGUACACCAUCACUACCCAGCACGGUAUGCUGAUGAGCAGCGGCCGGGGCAGCAAGGAGAGCCUAGAACUGGACGUCCUGAAGGAGAAGACGGGGAGUGGCGGGCCGGGAUCCAGAGGUGGCUUGAUCCAGCCCUCCACCUCCCCUUCCUCCGCCUCUUCAUCUCCGACACAGUACCACCAUGGCAGCAGCCGUGGGGCCAGCAACAGUGGUAGUAGCCACCACCACAGCAACCAUCACCACAGCAACCACCACCACGGGAUCCACCACCAUGCCGCCGCAGGCACCAACUCGCCGUCCAGCAGCGGGGCGGGUGGAAGCAGCAGUGGCAACCAGCAGCAGCCUUCCCACCGUUCCCACCACCACCAUCACCUGUCACAACCCCCGCUGCAGACAUCUGUCAGCGCCCACAACAUCCGCAGCUGGGGCGAGGGUGGAAAGGGGGAUGCCGAGUGCAGUGGGCUGGCCUGUGACUCGUGCAGCGGCGUCCCCUCGCGGAGCCAGGGCUCCCUGGACCUGGAGAGUGCGCCCCGAGAGGCAGGCAAGCAUCACAGACGCCUAGAACGGAUGUGGAGUGUGGACCGGGUGACUGGGCUGGAGAGAGAGGACACUAACUGGUUCCCCAAGGAAAACAUGUUCUCCUUUCAAACAGCCACGACGACCAUGCAGGCGUGAGUGAACUUCCGGAAGCAUCUUCGGAUGGUGGGCAGCAGAAGGAUUAAAGCACAGACAUUCGCUGAGCGUAGAUCGAAGAGUUUCAGCCGCUCCUGGAGUGACCCCACCCCUGUCAAGAGUGACUCUCCAAAUGAACCCAGAGACAGUGGAGACCUCCAGGCCUCCUGUGGCACCCUGGAUGAAGGAGGCCUUGACGACACUUCAGACUGGGAGGAGGAGAGAGAGAUGGAGCGGCUCGCCUGCGAAGGAGAUGACUUCAUACCUCCCAAAAUCAUGCUGAUCUCCUCUAAGGUCCCCAAGGCGGAGUACGUUCCCACUAUAAUCCGCAGGGAUGACCCCUCCAUCAUCCCCAUCCUCUAUGACCAUGAACAUGCAACUUUUGAUGAUAUCUUGGAGGAAAUAGAGAAGAAACUCACAGCUUACAGGAGAGGAAGCAAGUUCUGGAGGAUGCUCAUCUUUUGUCAGGGAGGCCCCGGUCAUCUGUAUUUACUGAAGAACAAAGUGGCAACAUUCGCUAAGGUGGAAAAGGAGGAGGACAUGAGCCAAUUCUGGAAAAGACUCAGUCGCUUUAUGAGUAAAGUCAACCCGGAGCCCAACCUCAUCCACAUUAUGGGAUGCUACGUCCUGGGCAACCCCAAUGGAGAGAAGCUGUUCCACAAACUGAAGAAUCUGAUGAGGCCUUAUUCUGUGGAGUUCGAGUCACCGCUGGAGCUGUCUGCUCAGGGCAAAGAGAUGAUUGAGAAGUACUUUGACUUCCGCCUCUACCGCCUCUGGAAGACGCGCCAGCACUCCAAACUCCUGGAGUAUGAGGAGUUUUUGUGACGAAGACCCCAGGAUAACAGGUGCAGCCCCCCCCUGCAGUUCCACGAGGAUCCUGUUAUAAAAGAAACUGAUCCAUUGACUGAACAUCGCUCCACGUGUAGUGCUCCACCCAUCAGCUCGAUAUAAACCAGUCACACACCCGCUUUCAUCCCAGGAAUGAGGGCUGGGGGAGGACGGAGAGGGAGGCUGGAGAUAAACUCAACAAUGCCGUGCCUCUGUUCUUCAUCACCUCCCGAGUCAAAGACAGAGGAAAAAGGGCAGAGACUUUACAAAUAAAAGAAAAAAAUAUGAGGAAAAAUCCGAGGACUGAACUCGCAAAUCAACUCUCUCUGCUUCUCGAGUGAACGCAAGAGGAGAAUCAAACAUUCAAUCGUGUACAAAGAAGAAAUAUAAUUUUCAUCACACGUCUGUUGUACUUUUUGAAGUGCUUCAAGAAGAAUUGCUGACAGUCAUUCCAUCAUAUUAUGGUUCUGUGUUUCAACUGGCCCCUCCCAGAUAACCUGGAGACAUGCAUACACAUGAAUAACCCACAUGCCGAUGAGUGUGUAUAUACAACAUUGAAUAUAUUAGCAUAGCUUUAGUCAUGCAAAUAAUCCUCUAUACGAGAAUAAUGAUGCAUCAUUUAUUUUUGAUGUGCAUUGUUGUGCAGUUUCAUAUGAAAAAUACUUUGGAAUAACUCAGGUUUUAGCCAUGAAGUAAUUAAUCUGUUUGUCUAUUCUGUCAAGAUAUUGUAAUCUUCAUCUCCAUCGCUUUGAACGAAUGUAUUAUCCUUCUAGAAUAUAUCUUUUGUUUGAGGAAUUGACUUUUAUGUUUUGGUUUAAAAAAAGAAAAGAAAUGAGAAGUACAAUGUGCAGAUUUUUGUGUGUAUGUGUGCGUGCGUGUGUUUUCCAUGUAAAAAAAACAAACAAACAUGCUGAUAUGUUGUGUGUAUUUUUCUCUAUCUGCUCCUCUGCUAAAGCAAAAAGAAUCAUCAUCACCUCCAUCUCCACACAAUUAUCUUUCCGCGGCGUUCGAGUUGACAGUAUAGUUCAUGAUGUCAAGUGGGAUGUAACAGCCAUCCAAGUGCUCCUGCCCCUGUAGUGUAGGAGCUGCUCCCAUGAUCCCUCCUGCUCCUCAGCGGAAGGUUCAGGCCACAUAGCCAGUCUAUGUCAAAAGUGUCAGCUGGUGUCACCUCUGCCAAACACUCUUUGGCUCCUCUCAGCGGCAGCCAAAAACCAGCUUCUGCCAUCUCUCUCUCUCCUGGGCUGUGAUCCAGUCAGAGGGCCGGAGCUCUCUGAAUUAAAACAGAUCUGCCAGAAGUUGAAGCUGUUAACAGCCAUCUGCUGCCCCUGCCAGGUGUCAGCUGGUUAAAAGGCCAGAAAGUAUGUGCUGAGUGUUUGUCUGCGCUUGAGAAUGUCGCACAGAGAGACCUGCCUGAGCUUUCUCUUUCUCUAGCUAACCCAUUAAGACUAAAAUACUAGGGCUUGGACAAACAGAUAUUUACAAUAAAUAUAAUCGUGAAAAAUCAGUUAUGAAAUGAUUUUUUUUCCAGAAGCAAGACAGGUGCACAUCUGACGGUGAACUCGCAGUUCCCAAAUUUCCUAUAAUUCAAGUGAAUAUAGAAGAACCAGAAACUAAAUAAGUUGUUUGAGAACCGCCAGAAAACAUUGAGGAAGAAACUAAACCAUUUCCCAUAACCAUCUAGGAGAACAACAUUGAGAAAGGGCUAAAGGAAAAGUUUUUAAUUGGGCAAGUUGUUACUUUUCUUUAAGGUCAGGAACUUCAAACAACACCUCCUCUUCCUCUUCCUUUUUCUCCUUUUAAAGCAGAAACCUCUGAUAUGCCAUGUGAGUUAAAUGUUUGCUAUGUGCAAUCAUAUUCGUAAACUCUUAAAACAGGCAAAAAAAACAUCUCAGGCAAGCGUAAACACUUUUUGUCCAAAUGAGUACGAUCUUUUUUUACUUUGCAGUUUCCAUCAACCUUUUCACUGACACUCAAAGCACAGAAAGUCGACCCUGAUUCGUACAGGCUUAAUUAACCAUAAAAUAAAGUAGACUUUAUACUGUUUUGUUCAACCAAACCUGAAAGUUACCACUGAUCAAACCUGGUCGGUCCAUGUCUACGGUGCAGUGAACAGGCUGUGAUGGUAAAAAGGGGCAGGACAUGAUGAAAAGUGACAGAAGAAAGGAGUUGAAGUCCUGCUACGUGCACCAAUUACUGCGUACAGUGAUUUAUGCAAGAUCACUGGUGCAAAUGCAUUCUGACAUCGAUACAGUUUGAGGAAAUUCAGACUGUGAGAUGAUCUUACUGAGAAAUGUAACCUGUCUCAUUUAAAUAAAAGACCCUGAUGAUG